CUCAUUACUAAUUAAAUACGAGCUGUUCAAUUUCACUUUUCUGUAAUACGUGUAAGAAAUAAGAUGGGGUUUUGGGGAAGAUGCAGGUUUGAAACCAACGGAAAGUAGCAUAUUCUAGUAACCGGCGGAUCCCAAGGCUUUGGGCAGGCUCUUGCAAAGGAAUUCGUUCUUCGUGGCGGCCAUGUAACCAUUGUCGCUAGAACAGAGAGUAAACUGAAGGUUGCCGUUGAAGAGCUCUCAAAAUUGAAAGUUCACAGUGAUCAGAUUGUUCAAUAUAGAAGCGUAGACUUGACGAAUUAUGAAGAUGUCAAAACCAUGAUUGAUCAAUUGGAAGUUUGCCCAGAUCAUUUGGCUCACUGUGCUGGUUCUUCUUAUCCUGGCUUUUUUGUAGACCUUCAUCCAACCGUGUUUGAGAAUCAAAUGCGCCAAAAUUACAUGGCCUCUGUCUACAUCACUCAUGCACUAAUUAAGAGAAUGAAAGAUAUUUCGGUGCCCUAUUCACGAAGAAUAAUGUUAACAUCUUCCGUUCUGAGCGCCCUUCCCCUUGUAGGUUAUAACGCAUAUAGCCCUUCAAAGGCGGCUGUUCGAGCUUUAGCCGACGGUUUACGACAAGAGUGUAUUCUCUAUGGAAUAGAAGUCUCCAUUUUCUUACCUGCCACCAUCCUUUCUCCUGGUUACGAAGAAGAAAACAGACUGAAGCCUUCUUUGGUAUUGGAGAUGGAAAAAUCAGAUAAAGCACAAACAUGCGAAACCGUAGCAUAUUAUUGCAUGAAAGGACUUGAUCAUGGAGAUUUUGUUAUAACCAAUAAUUUUGUAGGAGAUAUCAUGAAAAAUCAUUCUCGGACUUCCAGUCCUCAUGAUAAUCCUAUUUUGGAAUUCCUUUAUUGCAUGCUUACUUUCUUUGUGUGGCCUAUCGUUCGAGCUCAACUUGAUUACGAUGUUUACAAAUAUGCUCUGAAACAUCGUUUAAGAACUGCCAUUCCUAGUCAGUCAAACUCAUUCAUCACCGUCUUCUUGACAUCUAUACAAUUGUGCAUUUUUUAUUACCUUAUUCCAACUCUCGUAUCUAAUCCUUGUGUGACUUUGUUAAAAUCUUUUCCACUAUGGUUUUUAUUGCAAACGAUCCAAACAUAUUUCCAAAGACCUCGUGUUUGUUUUUCCUUUACUAAUGUUAUCCGUUCUAUUGGCACUAUGUGUUUGGGAACUUUUGUCAUCGCUUUCGUUCUAUUUGCCUUUGGUGCACCCUUGGUUAGCAAGUUUCAGUUAAGCUUUCUUUGCGCUGCUACUCUUUCGGUCCUUACAAUAUAUCCACUGUCUUUUUUCUUUCAAUCUGACUACAUGAGAUGGGGCCAAUUCCUCGCUUUCAAACAAUUCAAAGCCUUGGGUAGUUUACAAUACCGUGCAUGGGGUCCCAUAAUUGGUGCUUGGUUAGGUGCUAUUCCUAUUCCCUUGGACUGGGAUCGACCCUGGCAAGCAUGGCCUAUUACCAUUGUCGUUGGAUCAUUCAUUGGUCAUCUUGUUGCUACAAUAAUCGGAGAAUUAUUACAGUAACACUCUCAUGUUUACGAGCAUACUUUAUUAGAUUAAGAAAAAACGAAUGGAACUGAAAGUAACAUGUCAAAAUGCAAUUUUAUAUAAUAAAUCAUCAUAAACCCAAGAAACCCGGCAAAAAAGAUAUAAAUAUCUACUGAACCUUGAAAUUUUUCAACAGCUUUUCUUCAUUUUCCUCCAAUGCCAUUACAGAAGGGGUUAAGGUUGGUUCCAAAGGAAUUUUAGCUGAUUUGCUAAAACCGAUUUGUUCGCAUAUACAAUUUAAUAAAAAUUCACUUUUACAUCGUAUUUGCAGCAGUGGGAUAGCUUGCCAAGUAGCACGUUCGCCUAC